UCACCAUGAUCCCUUGUUUUUCUCAAUCAUCCAAACAAUGGCCACCACCACUUUGUUCACCAUUCCAACUUCAUCAUACUCCAAAAACCCACAUUCCAAAUCCAUCAUUUCUGUAUUCAAACACCAUUCUUUCAUUCCCAUUCCCAAACCCCAGAAUCUUUUAAUCAUUAACCCAAAAAGGCUCAACUUUUCAGUCAAAGCAGAGCAAAAAACAGAGGAUUCAAAUGUAACAACAGUAGCUCCAACUGAGCUUAAAAGUGAUGUAAAAAAUGAUGAAAUGCAAAAAACAGAGGAUUUAAAUGUAACAACAGUAGCUUCAUCUGAGCAUGAAAGUGAUGAAAAUGUAAGUCAUUUGGGCUCAGAAAAUGAAGACCAGCAAGAAAUUGAUUGGAAAAAUGAUGAAGAGUUCAAGAAAUUCAUGGGGAAUCCUUCUAUUGAAGCCGCGAUUAAGCUCGAAAAGAAGAGAACUGAUAGGAAGCUUAAAGAACUUGAUAGGGAAAGAAAUAGUGAUAACUUUGUUAUGGGGUUGUUUAAUAAAGUGGUUCGUGAUAGUUUGUUUAGAGAAAAACAGAGGUUGGAAAAAGCAGAGGAGAGUUUUAAGGCUCUUGAUCUUAACAAGUUAAAAAGUUGUUUCGGGUUUACUACAUUUUUCGCAACGGAUGUAAGGAGAUUUGGUGAUGGGGGAAUAUUUAUUGGAAACUUGAGGAGACCCAUUGAAGAAGUCAUCCCAGCAUUAGAGCAAAAAUUAUCAGAAGCUGCAGGAAGGGAGGUUGUUUUAUGGUUCAUGGAGGAAAAGACUAAUGACAUUACAAAACAGGUUUGUGUGGUGCAACCAAAAUCUGAGAUUGACCUCCAAUUCGAGUUGACCAAAUUGAGCACACCAUCAGGCUAUGUAAGUGCGGUAGCCUUAGCUGUAACAACUUUUGGAACGAUUGCUUUAAUGAGCGGCUUCUUUCUUAAACCUGAUGCAACGUUUAAUGACUACGUAAGAGAUGUUUUGCCACUUUUUGGAGGGUUUCUAACCAUUUUAGGUGUUUCAGAGAUAGCCACUAGGGUAACAGCAGCACGUUACGGUGUUAAACUCAGUCCAUCAUUUCUCGUUCCCUCUACUUGGACAGGCUGUUCGGGAGUUAUGAAUAAUUAUGAAUCUAUACUUCCUAAUAAAAAGGCCCUGUUUGAUAUUCCAGUAGCACGAACAGCCAGUGCGUAUUUGACAUCACUGGCGCUUGCAGUAGCUGCUUUUGUUGCUGAUGGUAGUUUUAAUGGAGGCGAUAAUGCUCUGUACAUUCGACCACAAUUCUUUUACAAUAACCCGCUACUUUCUUUCAUCCAAUAUGUUAUUGGUCCAUACACAGAUGAUCUGGGCAAUGUCUUACCUUACGCUGUUGAAGGUGUCGGGGUUCCUGUUGACCCUCUUGCCUUUGCAGGACUUUUGGGAAUGGUGGUGACAUCAUUGAACUUGUUACCAUGUGGAAGACUUGAAGGAGGUCGAAUCGCGCAAGCCAUGUUUGGUAGGAGCACUGCAGCACUCUUAUCUAUUGCCACUUCACUUCUACUAGUCGUCGGUGGUUUUAGUGGCAGUGUGCUUUGUCUAGCAUGGGGGCUCUUUGCCACAUUUUUUAGAGGCGGAGAAGAGAUACCUGCAACAGACGAAAUUACCCCUCUAGGCGACAAUAGAUACGCUUGGGGGUUUGUCCUUGGUCUUAUAUGUUUGCUUACGCUUUUCCCGAAUGGUGGAGGAACCUUCUCUAGUUCGUUUCUAAAUGGACCCUACUUCAGGGGAGAUUUGUAAAUGUUGGUUUAGUACGGAGUAUAUGUUAUUAUGUUGUUAGUUGGUAUAUAUUUUGUAAAAAGUUUUGCAUAUGGCGAUAAACUGUUUAUAGCAACAUUUCUAUUCAAGUUUUUUUGUUGAUAA